ACUGUCAAGUGGCUGCUAGGGCCGCCGCUGUGCUUGCUGUGGUUGCGGCGGCGACGCGGGGGUCUCCGCGUGUGAGGAGCUGCGGUUUGGCGGAAACGUUGGCUGUUUCCAUGGACUUGGAACCCAGGGAUACUGAGGACUGAUGUUGUGCAUGCACACAGCUUUAGCCAGGGCUUCAGAGGCAACCUCAUGCCAAUACGCCGGGUUCUGCGCUCUGUCCUCCCAGUCUUACUGUCCUACAUUCCUUGCUUUGUAUUUGCAGAAUGUCAUCUGAUGAGGACAAGUAUGUGCUUCAUGUUGUUCACAAUGACUCUGAUCAUGGCAGUUCUGUCUCCACAGACCUUCAGGAAGAGUAUGAAGAACUGCUCCGCUAUGCCGUUGUGAAUCCAAAUGUAGAACCCGGUACUGCACAACCAUCUCAGCCCAAGGGAGAGGUGGUACCAGAUAGAUUUCCUACUCUUGCCGGAAAUAACCCUGUAAGAGAAGCUGCAAUGGAAAUUGGAAAAGGAUAUGAUUUAAAUUCAAAAUCAGGGUUCUCACCAGUCUUGUCACCCAGGAAACCUUCUCACCAAGUCAUGGAUUUUUUUGAUUCACACCUUUUAGGUGACUCUCCCUCACUGGCCUCUAGUUCUUCUUACCUUGAUUCUGAGGAAAAUCUUCAGAAAAUGGAGAAUGUACUUGACCUCUGGAGUUCAGGUCUGAAGUCAAACGUUAUAUCUGAACUGAGUAAGUGGAGACUUAAUAUGAUCGAUUGGCACAGAAUGGAGAUGAAAAAAGAAAAGGAAAAACACGAGGCGAUUGUAAAGCAGCUGUCGAACGAGAUUGCUGACUUGAAGGAGCUGCAGAAAGCCUUUGAAAUUUCCAUCGGAAGAAAGGAUGAGGUGAUUUCCAGCUUGUCGCAUGCCAUUGGCAAGCACAAGGAAAGGAUAGAGUUAAUGAAAACCUUCUUCCACUGGAGAAUUGGACAUGUCAAAUCAAGACAGGAUGUUUAUGAAGGUAAACUGGCUGACCAGUACUUUCAGAGAACUUUGCUGAAGAAAGUGUGGAAAGGCUGGCGUUCUGUGGUGCAGCGGCAGUGGAAAGAGAUGGUGGAACGGGCGUGCCAGGCAAGGGCUGAAGAAGUCUGUGUGCAGAUCACCAACGAUUAUGAAGCCAAACUUGCUAUGUUUUCUGGAGCUUUGGAAAAUGCAAAAGCUGAGAUUCAAAGACUGCAACAAGAAAAAGAACAUUUCGAAGACACCAUGAAGAAAGCAUUCAUGAGAGGGGUGUGUGCUUUAAACCUGGAAGCCAUGACCAUUUUUCAGAACAAAAAUGACGCAGGGACAGACUUCACGAAUAAUAAAAAGGAGGAGAGUGGCGGUCUGGGAAGAGAACCUUCUGCUCAUGUGGACACUUCUUCGUCUACCAUGCCUUCAGCAGUUCCAUUACAGCUGCUGCCAUCUGUAACGGUAGGAGGCAGCGCCACUGCCGUUCCCUCCGCUGCGUCCAUGACCUCUGCUGGAGCUACAUCUGCCUCUUCUGUUCACGUUCCCGUCUCUGUUAUUGGUGGUGGAUCUUCAGCUAGUGCUGCCCCAGAAGAAAUGUACAUGCCAAGAGUUGUGACGUCAGCACAACAGAAAGCCGGGAGGACAAUCACAGCUCGGAUCACGGGUCGGUGUGAUUUUGCUUCCAAAACUAGAGUCAACAGCAGUUUGGCUAUAAUGGGAGUCUCUCCUCCCAUGAGCUCGGUCGUCGUGGAGAAGCAUCAUCCAGUCACAGUGCAAACCAUUCCUCAAGCAGCUGCUGCAAAGUACCCACGGACCAUCCAUCCCGAAGGUGGUAUCCCAACUUCCAGGUCUCUUGGAGCCAGGCCAGCCCACACCCAGUCUCUCUCCAGCGUUCAGUCCAUAAAAGUGGUUGACUAGAGGGACUGUCCACACGCAGGUCUUUUCGUUUCUCUGAGAAGGACUUUCCUGGAAGCGGGAAGCUUUUGGGUUAUGACUUUUCUGUACUGCUAGAACAUCAUGGACACAUCAUGUUCAUCUUUCCAGAAUUACAAAAAACUUUCCCAUCCUUUGUAACUGUAUAUAUAGAUUAUUUUAAUGUUAUUUUUAUUUAAAGAAUUAAGUAGAAGUUUUUAAUUAAAAAAAAAAAAAACUUGGUUCUGAA